AUGGAUGGUUCUGACGAUGUCUGUGAAAUCUUCUGUGAGCCUUGUGAAAAAGCUAAACAAAAAACAAUAGCAGAAGGGUUUUGUGUUGACUGUUCUGAAUACUUAUGCGGACAGUGUUUUAAUCAUCACAAGCGUUUUAAACAAUUUGAGCACCAUGUUCUACAAGAUAAAAACAGCAUGCCUUUGGAUCCAAAACAUACUGUAUCGAAAUAUGUCUGUACAUCAAAGUGUCAAGUUCACGCGGAUGAAGUUAUAAAAUAUAUUUGUAAGGCCUGUGAUAAGAUCGGAUGUAACGUUUGCAUGACGAUAGACCAUCGAUCAUGUGAUGGUGUCAGGUAUAUCCCGGACGAAGUGAAGAAAUCUGAUACAUCUGUAGAAAUACAAGAAUUUGCGAAAAUGAUAGAUGUAAUGCAUGUAGAGCAGCAAGAAUUGUAUGACAAGAUAGUUCAAAAUUUUCAAGCGUCUGAUAAAAUGAACGAAACAGCCGGUAAGGACCUUGAGCGACAAAAAGAUCAAAUUGUCACAUUCUUCGAAAGUCUUUACGAUAACAUUAAAACCGAAAUUGUCAGAAAGCAGACCUCAGAUGACAAAGAUUUUAAAACGUUGUUGAAAAAAGCCAGUGCUAUGCAAACAGAUCUGAAAAAUCGGAAAGCGAGACUAAAUAUUUUAGGAAAAGGUCAACAAAUGUGCGAAGCGUUUAUUUUCAUGAAAUGCACGCAAGCAGCAAUGGGAAAGAUGUCAAGUGACAUGAUGGAACUUUCAGAAAAUGGAACGAAAAAACCAGCGAGAUACGAGCCAACUUUAGAUGUCGAAGAACUGAAAGAAGAUAUCAAAUGUUUAGGGCGUUUGCUAACUGGAGAGCCAGACCAGAUAACACAAAGUAAGAUAAAUAAGUAA